AUGAUGCAAAAGACACUUAAUUAUGUAGGAGAGACUUGCGAUCAGACUUUCGUGCCACACAACCAUUAACUAAUUAAUGUUAUCAAUGACAAGUAUUGGAGCAUAGCAUAUCUAUUUUUGAUUCAUUUGUUUGCGUAACUACAGGACUCAGGAAAAAUUCUUUUACUUCACUCUAUGGUGAUGAUUGUGAUUAUUUUUGUCAAAUUCUAUCACUAUAAUCAUUUCAUGCAUCGCAAAGACAAACCUAAAUUCAUUGCUAUUACAUUUUGCCUUGCAUGGCAAGCUGAUAAUGGUGGGUUAUUCUUUGGAAGUGCAUUCGGCUCUAGACCAUUCGCUUAAAGUUUAUCUCCCAAAAAGACAAGGGAAGGUAUCAUAGGCGCAUUCUUCCUUUGCUUUGUUAGCUCACUAUUGAUGUGGGUUAUAGCUCAUUACAUCUCUGAUUUCCUCUAUGUGAAGAUUGGCUUAUUGGAUUACGCUAUUAUUGGAGCAGUUAGCGGAGUACUAGCUGUUCUUAGUGAUUUAACAGAGAGCUUUAUGAAGAGGUGUGCUAAUGUCAAGGAUUCAAGUUCCUUUUUCCCUGGUCAUGGUGGGUUCUUCGAUAGAUUAGACUCAAUAUUGCUUCCCUUAGUGUUUGUAUACUGGUACAUGAAUACAUACCUUAAAUAUACAUUUAUAACUAGUGAUCUUUGA